AUGGAAAAUGUAUUAGACAGAAUAGCAAGACUAGGAUCGAAGCUUGAAACUAUAGAGAAAAGACUGGAGAAAAUUGAAUCUCGGCAAGACGCAUUGAGCACGGGAUGCAUUGAGGAUACAAAGGUUGUUUUUCGAAUCCAGCUGAGCAAGAACCUUGGUAUUGUUGCCUCAGGCACAGUUAUAAAAUUCGAUCAAGUUGACCUCAACCUAGGAAACGCAUAUAAUAAUAUAAGCGGCUACUUCACGGCCCCUUAUAAAGGGACAUACAUAUUUUCAAUGGUUCUCGGGAAUCCAAGCGGAAAAGCAGGAGCUUUCUUCAUGAGAAAGAAUGGUGUUGGAAUAGAAUAUGCUAUAGCAGGCCAUACAACUGGAUGGAAUAUGGGUGGCGUUUCGACAGUUGCCUUCUUGGAUGUAGGUGAUCGUGUAUGGGUUACUGGAGAAGGUCACGUGUCAGGGGCUUAUGCUGUUUCGAGAUAUCACACUGGCUUUUCUGGCAUGCUUGUCAACUCCUACUAAAUGAAGUUCUUCGCAAAUUAUUUUAAGAAAUAAAAAAGGAACAUUCCGAAAUUACACUAACUAGUUCAUCUUAAAUAUUUUAUCAAGAUUUCAUUGUUAAUCGUGUACGGUGCUUGAACCAGUUCGUAUACACAUGCCAUAUAUUGCAAAAAAAGAAUAAUAAACCAUACUAGUAAGUAAAA